AUGCAGAACCUGAGUAUCUCGUGCGCCCUGGUGUGCUGUAUUCUCCUGGGCGCCUCGGCUGUGGUCGGCACUUUCGGGAUCAUAAAGAGGCAGAUUUCAGCCGUUCUCAUUACAGGCGUCAUGUACAUCCUUGCAGCAACGUUUGGCCUCUUCUGCCUCUCAAUCAUGCACUUCAAGAGGAAGACCAAGAAAGACUGCGGAGUGCUGGAUUCUCAGUCACACAACAUAUCAUUGAUGGUAAAUGGACGGCAAAUUCUCUUUGAAAUGCCAAGAGUGCUUCAGGUGACGCCCGAAUACAGCUCGGCUCGCGUGUUCCAGACGGGAUGGUCCCUCGACCUGGGCUGGGGCGGCGUGGUCACGUGCCUGGUGGCGGCGCUGCUGUGGCUCCUGUUGGCUCGUAUCAUGCGCUACAACCCCAUCUCUCUUUCCUGA